GACACGUAUCGCUUGGGUUAAGUUUCACUCAACUGUAAUUAUCAGGUCGCCCAGGUCCAGGCUUACAUAAACGGUUCAAAAGUUGCGGCUUCUCAACCACCAAAAAACAAGCAAGAGAUUGAUAUUGAUUUCAUUGUUGCAUUAUAGAGUCAAAGAAGAUCAAAUUGGACCGCGAAUUCGACUUUAUCAAUGGUGAACUGCCUUAACUUGAACUGCGUUAACUUGUGUAAAUCAAUCGGAUAAAAAGAGGAAACGGACAAUGUUUUUCAACGAUUUGAUUCAACGGAGACUUGUGUCUCUGUUACAGCCAUGGUUAAGAGACGAAGUUGAAUUGGAUGUUCAGCUAGGGUUUCUUCAUUCUCACGCCAAGUUAGUGAACCUUAGCUUUAACACGUCUGCACUCAACGAGUUGCUAGAUGAUCCUACUCGCUUGUGUUUCAAAGAAGUCACUGUCCAACAGUUGAGCCUUCACGUAUCCAACUGGUCAGCACCUGCCUUCGAUUUCCAAAUCCAUGGCCUUAAUAUCGUCUUAUCAGUCGGAGAAGAGGAGGAGGAUGGUGUGAGGUGGAAGCCGAAGCCCAGAGAUUCAUCCAUUGAGGAGCGGAAAAAGAUUCUAGCCGAGCUUGAUUCUGAGGGUAGUGCUUUGCACAAUGCCAUGAAGACUAUUUCAGAAAUUACUCCAGGAAGUUGGACCAUUUAUUUAUUUGAUUGGAUACUACAACAUUGUCGGUUGCAAGUGCAUGAUGUUCAUGUUAUUGUGCAGUCAACUUUAUCAAAUGAUAUAUGGUCACUAUCGUUUGAGAUGAAGGAACUUGGUGUACAAUGUAAUCUCAUUAAGGGGUGUCUCCUAACUGGACUGGUUAGUUCAAUUUUUCUACCUUCUGGAGAGAACUCCUUUGAUCUCAAUGUUCAACAUGUUGAGAUCAACUUGAGGAGAAGAAGUUACUUUAGCUGCAUUUUGCCUUCAACUGAUUUGCUAGCUUCUGCGAAAGUGAAAUAUCUUCAUUUUAGAGAAUUGAACUUUUAUGCUGCUUCAUUACAUUUUUCUUUAUCUCCAGAAGAUAUUACCAUCCUAUUUGUACUUAUUUCAUUGUGGUCGAAAGAAUCCAAGCGCGCCAGAACUGGUAAGCAACUAUGGGAAAUAGCAGCAACAAAAAUGUGUUCUUUUACUUCAACUCCAAAGUUUGCGUUCCAUAAAAUUGCUAGCACUGUGUGCUUAUGGUUGCGCUAUGUACAUGCUUAUGAGAAAAUGCUUUUACUGGUUGGGUAUCCGGUUGAUGAUGUGAUAAAGAAAUCCACUACUGCUAUUGUUCAGAGCAAAGCUUAUUCAAGAACUUUUAAGCAACAGUGGGAGGUUAUUUCUCAAAUUGAAAAACAACUACCUGUUGAGGCCAUUGUGCAGGCACGAAGAAUAAUCCGUAGUAGAGCAGCAUCAUCUGGUCAACAGUCAAAGGAUGGUGGUCAAGAAUCUAGGAUGAGCAGGAUUUGUUGGAAAAUUUGUCAGUCACUUUCCCUUAUAUUGAUUUUCAUUAGCAGUGUGCUUCAUUCUGUUAAAUGUUUUUUCCUCUUGAAGAAAUUGCUGGUCAGGAACCAAGAUAUCUGUCAAAAACUUGGCGCCAUAAAUGAAGAUUCCAUCCUAGGAAGUCACAUUUGCCUAUAUGUCAGGGAAUUUUCCAUUUUAAUUUCACCAGAUGUUGAAGUUUAUCCAUCCUUUAGUAGGAAGCUGCUAUCAGAUGUUGGGCUUUCAUACCCUGGUUUAGUCAGAUUCUGUCUCUCCAUUGAUUUCUUCUGCUUAAGGUACUCCGAAGAUGUCUCUGAACAGUAUUUUUCCUUUGCAUGUGGAUCCUUGAAGGUUGUCUCUUCUUAUCUUACAGAAGAUAAGACCAAUAAGUUCAAUAAUAACUUCAAAGGACGUCGGAGAAAAAAUUUUCACAAUCUGCAACCUACUUUAUGGGGAGAGCCAAACCAAAUUCUCCACUCCACUGAAAGUGGUGGGGCUAAUCCUCCUCGUGAUACUGAUGGAGAUUUUGUACAUACCCCGAAAUCUCUUAUAGAACAAGCAUGCCUGAAUUGGAGAAAAUAUUCAUCAAGAUUUGGAGAAAAUGAGAUCCAGAACAUGGAGGAUCCUUUUAUUCUUUGUGAGAUAAAGGGCUUUUUGACCGAUCAAAGCCUCAAGAACCUUACUGCUGGAUACACUAGUUGUUGCAUGGUAAUGGGGACGUUGAAUUUAGUUCUGGAUUAUUUAGUGAUAGUGUCAAUUACAGUUAUUUGCAGACAGAUAUGUGCGAUACCUUGGACUACUAGCCGCAUGGGGAGCACUGCUGUACAGGGAGUUUCUGGAUUAGUUGAGGAUCCGCUAGUUGCAGAUUGGAAUAGCAAUUACAAACCAUUUUCUUCUGGAAUUAAGGUUAUGGUGCCUAGACUUCUUCCUGAGAAACAUAUGCAAAUAGCGGUACACAUUGCUGGUCCACGAAUCAAGCUGACAUUGAGAAAGGAGGAUUUUCAUGGUGCGGACGCGGAUCUGUAUCUUAAGCUUGGGAAUGACGUACACCUUUCUUUUGAUGCUGACGACAUUGAACUGGGUGUCUCACCAAGUUUGGAGUCUGAUUUGACUUCCUCAAGUGGAGAUACUGCAGUUUUUGAUGCAAAACCGUUGAAGGACCUUCAGCAGAUGGAUAUUGCUAAACCAAAUGGUGAAGUUAAUAGCAGUCGAGGGUGCACUUCACUUUGUGCCUACAUGAAACUUAAAGGUCUGAAAGUUUCCCUCGACAAGUUAUGGGAUAAUCAGGGUGGCCAAAUUGUCGUGUUAAAUCCUUUAACUAUCCAACUGUUAUCUUUGAGGAAGGAUCUGCAUUCUUUGGGCUCAAUAGAUAUUGCUUUCUCUGUUGCAUUGCAUUGCACGAGUACUGGAUUGACGACUCUGGUAUUUAUGGAUGAAUGUGCAGUUCUGCUAAAGGUAAUUUCUAGUUUGCUGUGUACAGUUGUUCAGGUGUUCAAUAUGACCAGUUUAGGUCUUGGCCAAAGUUAUGAAGACUUAUUAAGGCGAGAGUCUGCUGACUCUGAAAGUGAAAGAGCACUCAAAAAUAGAAUCACACUAGUAGCUUCAGUUCUUACUGAUACUACAUUCAAUGUCAGUACGACAUGUGAACUUAGAUCAGUGAAUAUGAUCCUUUACGACUCCAGGAAAGGAUAUAUUGCACAUGAUAAUGUGGCAGAUGCUAAUACUAUAGCUGACAGGAAGUCGACAGUGCAACCAGUCCAUGGUUAUGGAGUUAAUGUAUCUCUUGCACAUUCAUAUAUCAGGAUCUCUUUUGAAGAGGAAAAAGCCGAAGUUCUCAUUGGUUUUUCUGAGUUUGAAUCUGGUAUAUUCCGAUAUCCGAAUGAGAUUGUAGAUACUUCUGAUCAAGUUAAACCACAGUUGAUUUGGUCUCUCAAUUCCUUAUAUCAAGCUUCAUUGUCUCAUUGUAAAAUUAGUUUAAGUUUGAGAACCUUAGGGGACAAUAUUAUGCAGGCCAGUCAGAGAAAUGUAGUGGAUGGUUCUGACUCCUCCAGACAUGAUGCUUCAAUGUCCUUGAAUCAUUCACCUUCGUUGAUAAAUGAUGUAAAUCCUUCUUUUGAUUGGUUAACUAUAAGAAUUUCUUUAGGUGAAGUUUACCUAGCCAGCUGUGCAGUAAAGGACUUAUUGCUUCAAGGAAACGAACUAACAACGCUUGAAGCAUCUGUUUCUGUUGGUGGACGAUUUCAGACAAUCUCCUGUCAGUCACAGGGGGGUUCUGUCAUUGUUGAGAUAGCUUCUUUGGUGACAAUGGUUGAAUGCUAUGCAUUCUACUGUAAUCAGUUGGAAGGCCUUUGGCCAGCUGUGACAGAACAUCUGGUUAUUCAGAAUGAUGAGGAUACAAGUCUACUGAGGAGUUCUUCCAACCAACAGUUGGAGCAACAUAAACUAGUUAAUUGGAACCAGGUGGAAGCAUUUGCCAUGAAUAUUUCACAGGUUUCUCUGGCAUUGGUGGAUGGAGAUAAAUCUGGUGAAUUUCAGAAGCUUCGGCUUGAAGGUAAUGGCAACCUUAAGCUUGAACUACCAAGGAAAUUCUCAUUUGGCAUAACGAACUUGUCAAUUCUUUCUCAGUUACUCCAUAUAUCUACUGAACAACAAAGCCUAGACACAAGAACUCCUUUCCCUUCUUCUUUCAUAUCUGAUGAUCAAUCUUCCAUCAUUGUACAUGAUGACACGUUAAUUGCUCCCAAUCAUUUGGGUGAAGCUAAUUCUAUCAUGAAUGAAGCAAGUAGCUCAAGCCCCCCAGAACUAGGAAAUCAAUAUCAUGCAGAUGGUUCAAGUAAACCUUGCAGGGGUGGUUCAAAUCCUCAAGUUUCACUUUCUACUCCUCAAAAUUAUAUUUUAAAAGACUUAAACAUUAUUCUGGUGGCUGAGCAGCCUCUCAAAAGCAGCGAGAGUAUUCCUUUGCAGUCAAAUGACUUUUGGGUUGGCAGUGGUUCUAUAUCUGGUUUCGACAUGACUCUCUCUCUGCGUGAAAUACAGAUGAUAAUUUUUGCUGGGGAAUCUUUAUCAGCCAUAUUUAGCAUAGAAGCAACCAAAAGCAUAGAGCAAACACAUCAGAAGAACAGUGGAGAAUCUUCUGGAUGUCUGGAGGAAAUGGUUCCUGAUGGAACAAUUGUUUCUAUCAAAGAUGUCGACCAACAUAUGUAUGUUGCAGUUGAUAGGGCAGAAAGUGGCUACAAUUUAGUUGGUGCGAUCCACUAUUCGCUUGUGGGAGAGAGGGCUUUGUUCAGGGUGAAGUAUCACCAUAUUAGAGGAUGGAAGUCACAAGUGCAGUAUUUAUCCUUCAUCUCAUUAUAUGCCAAAGAUGAAUCAGGAGAACCAUUGCGGUUGAAUUGCUGUCGACAAUCUGAUUUUGUUGACAUUUCCAGUUCUAGUGAUAGUGCCUGGGCACUUUGGAGAGCGCUUCCAUACAAACAUGACAUCUAUGAUGGUGAUGUUGACUUGGAGACAUAUCUUCCACAAACUAAAAAUAUAUUUUAUCUUGUGAACAAGAAGAAUAAUUGUGCUUUAGCUUUUGUUAAUGGGGUCCUGGAAGUUGUCAGCAAUCCUGGACACCCGUUUAAGUUUAAAGUAUUUCAUGAUCCUCCAUAUGUGAGCAAUGCUUUUUUGGAUGGCAUUCUAGAGAAGGAAUCUGGAAAAAUCAUGCUACUUGAUUCAUGUAUAAGUGAGGGAAAAGGUCUGAGUCCGCAAGGAAGUUCAUUUGGUGUAACUGUGUCAGUGGACAAGGUUUCUUUGACCAUCGUUCAUGAACUUUCGGACUCCAAGGAAAAGUAUCCCCUCCUACAGGGUUCUAUUAGUACUACUCAAGUUGUUAUACAGAUAUCAAACGCUAAAGUUUGGGUUAUGAGCAGGCUGGAUAUUUUGCUGUAUUACUUUGACUCCCAGAAAAAUAUGUGGAGAGAACUCAUGCAUCCAUUAGAAAUUGAUGUUUUCUACCGUUAUAGAUUUCAGACCCAGGGAUCAGAAAAUAUUAUCCACUGGGUGCCUGGCCAUUUCUAUGCUAGAUUGAGAGAGUUGAGUAUGACAAUGACUGAGCUUUCUUUGGACAUUAUUCUCUUUGUCAUUGGGGAGUUGAAUUUGGCUGGUCCUUACUCUGUAAGGAUCUCGACAAUUUUGGCCAAUUGCUGCAAGGUUAAAAACCAGUCAGGCUUAUCCCUUAUUUGUCAGUUCUACGAUAAUCAAGAUGUAUCAGUUACAGUAAGAAACUCCACUACCAUUUUCUUGAGGCACUUGGCUUUGGCAAAUCGACCUCCGGAAGCGUCAUUCUUCUCUAUCCAGCUUACGGAGAGAGGAUUUCUCUCUACUUCUCCACUCCAUCUUUCACUCUUGGAAACCCAGUCAUUUGCGUGGAGACCACGUAUAGUAUCUCUACAAGAAUCAAAAACUUUCCCUAGUCCAUUUUUUGUGGCUGAAGUUUCACCCAGGACUGAGGAUUGCCUAACAAUCGUUGUCUCUCCAUUACUAAAGAUACACAAUGAUACUGAUUUCUCAAUGGAGCUGCGUUUUCAACGCCCUCAGCAUAAGGAAGUUGAUUAUGCUUCUGUGAUGCUUAAGGCCGGGGACACAAUUGAUGAUUCUAUGGCAGCUUUUGGUGCGAUAAAUCUCUCUGGCGAACUAAAGAAGGCACUAAAUUCUUUGAGUGUUGGUAAUUUCCUAUUUUCUUUUAAACCUGAAGUUACAGAUGACUCAACAAAUUUUGAGAAUCCAUCAGCUUGCUGGUCGGAUGAUCUUAGAGGUGUGACAGCUCUGCUUUAUUGUCACAGUACAAGGAAAGUUUUCCUUUUCCAUACCGUCUCAAUUCCUAUAGUAGCUUUUGUAGCCAAAGCAGUUCGCAAAUACCCUGGGCCAUAG